UUUUUUUUAUUCUUAAAAAAUGCGCUAAAAAAGUACAGGUGAGAAUGCAAGCAGUCAGUAUGCAAGGUAGUAUCGAUUAUCACAAAAGUUAACCCACAUACUAAACAGAACAAAUGUUAAUUAGGGUCCUCUCCCCCAUGCUCGUAUUGUAGACAGAAGCUGCCGUCCGCACGCAACUUAAGAGAAGAAUAGAAACUGUAUGAGGUACUUUCUCCACGGUAUAAACUAUUAUUCGACUCGUACAGGGCAACAUCACACUGAUAAAUAUACUUGCACGUGAAUACAUAAAUAAAAACUUAAUAAAAUAAUAUAAAAACAUGAUUCAGUAACGGUAUGUGCAAAAUGUAAAUAAAUAACAAAUUGUGACACGCGAAAUUUAAAAUUGAUGGUUAGUACAAAAAAGAAUAAAUGAUUAACUGCCUGUAAUUACAAUGGAGAAACCUAGUACGCGUUCACAUUACCCGAGCGCUGGGAAUUUAACUCCUCUGCGAAGUUUUGUCGCGAAAAUCCCUGUUCUUGGCAUCUGCGCAGAAUGGUCUAGGUCUAAUCACGAUUGCUGUACACGUUUUUUUUUUGUAUUUUUCCCAUACCGGUAUUCGUUCAGAUGCAAGGUGUUGCCUAACCGUAGGUGUAUGUAUAACCUUCAACUAGUGAUGCCGCCGAGACGAGACUCAGUCUCGUCUCGUCUCGUCUCGUCUCGAAUUUUCGAGACGAGACCGAGGUUCAGUCUCGUCUCGUCUCGUCUCGACGAGACUAAGCAUGAGUCUCGAGUCUCGCCGAGACUCUCGUUUGGUCUCGAAUUUGUUUGUAUUUAUUUGUACUGUUUUAGCGGAAUAGUCUAAAUCGAGAACAAAAAAAGAUAAACUUUUGCGAAUCGAUUUCUACGAGUUCAAGGAUCACUGCGGAUUAGAAGUCGUGUUUCCGAUUACGAGCUGUCAAAAAAUUCCCUGAAAAUCGUAUGCGAUUCUUCGUACAUAUCUUGUUUAAUUGUGCCCACGGACACGGAGGCCAUCUUGAGGCCUCCAGUUGUUGUGUUAUGAGUAUAGCAAUUCACAAAAAAACAGUUCAAUUAAUCCGCUUCUGCCGCUAUUUCCGGCUGGACAAAACUCGGUAGAAAAGAAUUUUUCCUUAAAACCCAUCGCCCUCAACCUACGGUUAUCAAUUUCAGGUGGUUUGGUUUUUGGUUUAAUUUGCGGAAAAAAAUUCACCGGAAGUGCCUAUUUUUAAUAACAUUCCGGCCAGAAAAAGGCUGGCAGAAAACUCAUUUUGUGUUAUUCAAGUUGCAAGGAAUCCAGUAACAAAGAUUUCAUCUUGUUAGCUUAUCACUACUGGUUCCAUGCGUCCGGCUCUCGUACCUACUAUAUUACUCCUAUUAUUUACUUGUCAUGCCUUCGUAGUUCGUGGUCUUUUAUAUGCUAUAUAUGCUCAUUGCUCUACCUACAUACACUAUAUUUGGAUAGUGUCUCGAGACCAGGCGAGACCAAACGAGACUAGACGAGACGAGACGAGACGAGACGAGACUGAACCAGGACGAGACGAGACUCAGACUUGGUCUCGUCUCGAGGUAACGAGACGAGACGAGACUUUCGAAAGUCUCGUCUCGUCUCGUCUCGCGGCAACACUACCUUCAACUCGCUACUACAUCCGGAGCACAGCCCACCAGCCGCGAAUUAAAAAAAUCACGUUUCGUUGUUCACCGACGAAAAAUAAGGUUUCGUAGGGAAGCAAAACCAAAAACCGCUCUGUUACGAGAUUUUGUUUCUUGUGUUUUUCAAAGGUCUAUGCAGAAAAUGCGUGUAAGAGAAAAUUCUGGUACCUACCUAUUUAUCAAUUUAUUCUCUAAAAUUAUCUUGAGACGUGUACUGACGCACACAUUUUUAUCUAAAUUUGUUAGUGUGGGAUUAUGUAUGUAUACACCAUGACCCCACAAUCUACCGUGAACUUAUUACUUAAACUUCCUUUACAUUCGGCGUCUAACAGCCAAAUGAAGAAGACGGUGAAACUAAAGAUUGCGAUUAUAGGCGGAGGACUUGUGGGUCCGAUUUGCGCUUUGUACAUGGCGAGACGUGGUUUUCAUGUCACAGUCUUUGAGCAUAGGCGUGAUCCCCGCGAUUGGGGGUUUGUAGGUGGAAGAUCGUAUAACUUGGCGGUUUCCCACCGCGCGUUAAGGGCUCUUCGCGAAUUAGGCCUGGAGAAGGACGUGCUGAGCGCCAGUGUUGCCAUGAACGGUCGAUACUUGCAUCAGUUGAACAGGAAAUAUAAAGCGCUCCUCUACGAUCCGAAGGAUGGCCAAUGCCUUUAUUCGAUACCCCGCGGAGUUCUGAAUAGGAUAUUGCUCGAUGUCUUAACUAAAACGAACAACAUCGAAAUUGUUUUUGAGCACAAGCUUCUUGCCGCAAAGAGACUGGCCAAUUGACACUUUUACAGGAAGUUUUUUGUUGGUGCGCCAGGCUCAAAUAAGAUACCUGUAACAGAACGAAGAAUAAUACAACCGUUGAGGUUCAAUUCGAUUUAAUAAUAGGAGCAGAUGGUGCCCAUAGCACUUUAAGACGAUGUAUGCUCCAAAAGCCCAUGUUCAACUACUAUCAGUCUUACAUAACCCACGGAUAUAUAUGGAGUUAAAUGUAUCUGCAGAACUUGGAGGUCACUUAACGCUAAAUUACCUGCAUAUAUGGCCGCGUAAUGAGUUAAUGUUGAUAGCGUUACCAAAUUGCGACCAAUCGUGGACUAUUAGCUUGUUUAUGUCUUAUGCUGAAUUUGAGGAGUUGCGAGAUGAGCAACAAGUUCGGGAUUUCUUUUCAGAAAUGUUCCCCGACAUUGUCCCACUACUGGACAUGGGGUCGUUAACGCGACGCUUCCUCAAAGAUAAACCAUCUGCCAUCCACUACGUCAAAUGUAGUCGAUACCAUUUUGAAGAUGAUUGGAGAUGCCGCCCACGUAAUGGUACCAUUUUUCGGUCAAGGGUUGAACGCGGGCUUCGAAGAUGUUACCAUUCUAAAUGAGAUACUCAAUUCAUGCGAAGACGACAUACCAAAAGCUCUAGAGACGUUCACCGAGAGAAGACGAAAUGACUGCCACGCCAUUUCCGACCUCUCGCUGUAUAACUACGUCGAAUUGCGAGACUUAACUACCCGUCCGUCUUUCCAUCUGCGUAAAUUCAUUGACGACAGCCUUUUUCGUCUAUUUCCAUCAUACUGGCUACCAUUAUACCAGUCGGUUUCAUUUACGAAUUUGAGCUAUGAGAAAUGCGCUCGCAAUAGGCGACGACAGGAUACGGUCGUUUUUUAGGUUAUUUUAGCUACGGCUUUAACCAUUUUAGUCGUCGCUGGGGAGCUAUUCGCGCGUUUUGUAAUGUUCCUAUGCUAAUUACCUAUACUGGCAAGGCAAUAAAUAAGUACA